AAUAAAAUAUCAUCUGCAUUGUAGCUCGCACGGCGGCACAGCAGGGGGCGCUCUUUACUGGCUAAACAUAUCGACGGAGUAUAAACUGACCCAGAGUCAGAUCUAUCAGCCACACAGCCUAUGGUAAUGGAGGAACGAAUCUAAAUAAGAACUGACCUGGGAACAGCCGCUGUCACGUAAGUUGGGGUCGGGGAGAAAAGGCGUUCGUUUUGUGCAACAGACGGCCCCACAGGGCGGCGCUUAAAACACUUUAAGUGGUAAUUGAUGGAAAUGAGGCGACGGCUCCGCUCACCCGGGGGACUCUGGUGAUAUAAACACGCCGCCACACUGUUAAAUUACAAUCAGAGCGGAGGAAUUUUGGUGAAAAACGAAAGCCACCGGCCGAGCCGCCUCAGUUUAACCGCUCCGGUAACGAGUCUCCAGCCGAAGCCCAUGAUAGCACAGACACGUAGCUAUAAGCCACACAGCAGGACACCCUGGAAGAGACGGAGAAACCUCAGGAGGAUGCCGAGGAACGCGUGCUCGAUGUGAAGAUCGUUACGGCAAGAUGUGAGAUGAACCGGGAGAAAACUGCGACCGAGGCCACCGACAUGAUGUUGGUCCGCGGCUCGCACGGCCGAGGCCGAGCCAAAGUGACUCAUGCGGUGGUGGUGAUCUUCCUGGAGUUCUUCGCCUGGGGGCUGCUGACCACGCCCAUGCUGAAAGUGCUCCAUGAGACGUUCCCUCAGCACACCUUCCUGAUGAACGGCCUGGUCCACGGGGUGAAGGGCUUCCUGUCGUUUCUGUCGGCUCCUCUGAUUGGUGCGCUGUCAGACAUCUGGGGCAGGAAGUCGUUCCUCCUCAUGACGGUGUUCUUCACCUGCGCCCCCAUCCCCUUCAUGAGGAUCAGUCCCUGGUGGUACUUCGCUCUGAUCUCAGUCUCUGGGAUCUUCGCUGUGACCUUCUCGGUGAUCUUCGCCUACGUCGCUGACAUCACAGAUGAGCAGGAGCGGAGCACGGCCUAUGGACUGGUGUCUGCAACCUUCGCUGCCAGCCUGGUGACGAGCCCGGCCAUCGGGGCCUACCUGUCGGCGCAGUAUGACGACAGCCUGGUGGUCCUGAUCGCCACGGUGAUUGCCGUGGCGGAUAUCGCCUUUGUGUUCUUCGUGGUCCCCGAGUCACUGCCCGACAAGAUGAGGCUGACGUCCUGGGGCUUCCCCAUCUCCUGGGAGCAGGCCGACCCGUUCGCAUCUCUGCGGCGUGUGGGGAAGGACACCACCGUGCUGCUCAUCUGUGUCACCGUGUUCCUGUCAUACCUGCCUGAGGCCGGACAGUACUCCAGCUUCUUCCUCUACCUGAGACAGGUGAUCGAGUUUUCUCCUGCAGCCAUCGCCGCCUUCAUCGCCAUGGUGGGAAUCCUCUCUAUCGUCGCUCAGACUCUGUUCCUUAGUGUGUUGAUGAGGACCAUUGGGAACAAGAACACGGUUCUUCUGGGUCUGGGCUUUCAGCUCUUCCAGCUGGCCUGGUACGGCUUCGGCUCUGAGCCUUGGAUGAUGUGGGCAGCAGGAACAGUAGCAGCCAUGUCCUCCAUCACCUUCCCAGCUGUCUCUGCUCUGGUGUCACACAGUGCAUCACCUGACCAGCAAGGUGUGGCCCAGGGGAUGAUCACAGGUAUCAGAGGUCUGUGUAACGGUUUGGGUCCGGCUCUCUACGGCUUCAUCUUCUUCCUCUUUAACGUGGAGCUGAACGACAUGCAGCCGGUGGCAGGAAGACCCACACAGAACACAGAGAAGUCUCUGAUCCCGGGUCCUCCCUUCCUGUUCGGAGCGUGCGCCGUCUUGUUCGCACUCCUCGUCGCCAUCUUCAUCCCGGAGCACCACCGGCUGGGCGACGUCAAGACCUGCUCCGCCCGCAAGUCCAGCAGCGCCACCGCGCACGCUCAGAGCGCCAGCCCUCUGGCCACGCCCACCAGCGACGCCGAGGACAUCGAGCCGCUCCUGCAGGACAGCAGCAUGUGACUGACGGCCGGCCCCGGCCAAUCGCAGCCGUGUCUGCCGGUCCCGGCCCCUUCACAAUAAACACCGUUUCAGCUUUUAUUUUAUAACGUUUUUUAUUUCUUCAGACUGUCGAGAUGAGUCGCCGCGGCAACCACACUGACGAGCUAUCACCAUAUUUAUUCAGUCAUUAACAAGUUUAAACUCCUCCCUGUUCAGACUGAAGCCAUCAAUUGUAACCAAAGGGCUUUUUAAUGAGACGUCACCACUGCAGGAACAGAAAACAAGCUGAUGCAGAGAAACUUGAGUUGUGCAGUUUGUCGCCGUGUUGACGGUUGUUCUGAGUUUCUGUGAGCAGAACUUGGCUGUUUGAAGGUUUGGUACCUCUGGGACCUUCUGGGACCAUGUGAUGGUCCUGUAGUGUUUCUCUCCUUUAAGAAUCUGAAGUUUCAUAUCCUGAUAUUUUUAUCGCAAAGUGAGAGCAAAUGUUCAGUCAAAGUCAAAGCCAAAUAUGACAUGUCACCAGUAGUUUUAUUGAAACCGUUUAUUUAAGUGAACAUAAAUACUGUAUAACAGGAGUACCUUUUUUAAAAUCAAAGCUCCAUAAAGUGCACAUUUAAAUAAAAAAAUAUCUUAAAUAAAAGCCUGGAUCAAGGAUCACAGUACAAUAUUUAACUAUAUCGAUAUAUGCGAUAUGGUCUAAUUCCUUAUCACAUUUGAAAAUAUAUCGAUAUAUCUUUUAUAUCGAUAUAUCGCCCAGCCCUAGUUUAAAACCCUGUGAUUGAUUCGGUUUGGUAUAAAUACCACUUCCAGGACACACAGGUCGAUGUGUAGAAUCAGCCUCCAGGAUACGAGAGGAGAAUUAUUUAUUUUUCUCAUAUUUCCCGAUCAGUCUUUCUGUGUCUUAGCGUGGUUUGGCGCCAUUAUAACAACAAGAAUUAGAACAAGCUGUCUGAUGUUUCUGCUGUCUGCGUCACUCAGACUGACAGAAAACUGCAAAUCAGAUCAAACUUCUUUACUGGAGUUCUGAUCAGACAGGACGAGGUGAUGACGUGAUGUUUCUCUGUCCACUGUUAGCUUCAUGUCAGUGAGACAGUUUUGGUCUGUAGCUCGUUAUUUAAAGAGUGAUGCGACUUUAACCUCCUUCAGCUGGUAGAUUCACGUGACAGAUGUAAAACGCACCAUUUCCACACACUCGUCACUCUCUCUCUGAGCCGUCAGCGUGGUUGCUGCUGACCACCCGGCAGGCGUGCAGAGGUCAGGAGAUGAAGCGCUCCUCGCUGUACGGGACCAAGCAUCCCCAAAACUACAGACUGUUUAAAGUGUCCAGCAGGACGGAGACACGGAGGAGAGGACGGGGAACGGAGGUAUUUAACCUCCACGUUACUGACUCUUUGUACUCUGGUGUUUCUUUUCUUUGUUGUUUUUCUGCGAGAUGGCGAGGUUGGUGGGAGGCGGAGCUCCAAGCGGCUGUGACGUCAUCAGCCUCUCCCUCCCGCUGAUUGUUUUCAUAUCGAGGAGGAAACUAGACGCGUAAACAUUGAUUCUAUAUUUAGGACGUUAACUCAGUUUGAAGUGCUUUUAGCUGCAGACAGGAAACACAAAGCAUCGUCAGCUGCAGGAGUCACUGAGUCCUGCUCCGGUUUAAUGUUCCUACAGAAUCAAACCAAAAGAAUCAGAGUUUUAUUAGAUCCGGAGCACAGAUCUGUGAGUCCUGCACACGGGUCCUGUUGUGUUUCUGUCCCUGCGUCCUCAUCCCGUCAUGUGUCGUGUCUCCUCGUCUCUUCUUCUCUUUAAAUACUUGAAGUGGGUUCAGUUCAGCCUGUCAGCGCUGCAGUCUGAACGUUUCUCGUCGUCUUCACUCACAUUUCCUUGAACCACAGAAGAAGAAGACGUUUGGACUCGAGUCGGCGGCUUGUUCAGAACCAAAUUGUGCCAUUAUUUUAACUUUUAUUCUUUUGCCUUUUGUUGUUUGUUUUCCAGUCUGUUCUCUCCGAUCUGUGUACAAACAAACACGACUUAUGUCUUUGAAAUGACGCCGCUCGCCUCAACGAGACGUCAAGUUUCAUUCUGCUGAUCAUUCUUCAUCAGAUCCUGCAGAGACUCAGAAACAUGUUUGUUGUAUUUAUUUAUGAAAUCACAUCUGCAGAAUACAAACUUUUCUCUCUGCUGGUGCGUUCAAGGACGCACCGACAUCAAAGACAUAAAAUAGAAAUACCAGCUGUUAAUAAUCGAUAAAUUGCUAAAAUAUGUUUUCAUGCAACAAUGUCAUAAAAGAGCAGUUUUUCAGACACAAAUCUGCAGAUUUCCUGUUUUUAUCUGUUUAAGUGAAAAUCUGUAAAAACCUCAAUUUUGUGCACGCUCAAACUUCAUUGCAUAAUUCGCUUUUUACAUGUUAAAUAUUUCAAAUUGAUCGCAAAAAAAUCACAUUUUUUGCAGAUGUUUGAGACCCAUUUGCAUAAAAUCGUGUGAUUUAUUUUUUUUCUCUUUUGGGAUUUGUUGAAAAUAUACAGAUUUAUUGGAAAGUGAUUAAAGUUGAACUGGAAGCUGAGGCACCAGUUAACAGGGUCCCUCGUUAAACCGUAACACCGCCCAUCGUUUUAUUUUUCAAACUUUAAAUCAACACCUGUUACUGUGAUGCGUUCACCUCACAAAAAACAAUGGGCAGAUUGAUGAAUUUGAGCCUCUUCUUAACAACAGCAUGUCCUUGAACGCACCACGAGAGUUUUCAAAACCAAAAUUGCUUUAACACACAAUAACUUAAACUAAAUAUGAUCGAGUCUGCAGGUUUAUUAUCUUCAUAGAAAUGAUCAUAAAUCUGACGGAGAAUAAUCAGCAGCUCUUAUUUACCGAAAUCUGUUUCUGAUGUUCUGUCUGUUACUUUAAGGCUCCAGAUUAUUGUGAAUGCUGCAUUCAGGGUACAUCUACUGUGUGGGAAAAACUGACCCGUCUCAGUUCAGACUAAAGUAUUCAGGUCAGAGUUUUAUUUCUCCAGCGUGACCUGAAGGCAGCAUGUGAGGAAGAGGAGGCGGAUGAUGAAGGUGUUCAGCUUCAUGAAGCACAAUCCCGUCUGAACGUUUCUCCUGUUUUACUUCAACAAACCAAACUGUUCUGACUUUAAUCUCAUGUUUGAUUUCUGUUUCUCUCAAAGAUGAUGUCAAAAACAGGAAGUUGGUCCUGCAGUAUAUUUUUCUACAGUCAGUCUGAAGCUCCGCAGAGACUCAGUUUCCCAGAAUCCUCCACAGUGUUAUGAAGUCCCGCUGAGCUUCACGUCUCAGCGGAGAGUUGAUCGUCUCACAGCCGAGACUCGCUCCAAUAACCCUUUAGUUCACUUAAUUUACUUCAUAUUUUUCAAAUGUUUUCCGGCUCCAAGCUUCAGGAUGUUAUUUUAUUUUUCCUGGCCGUGUGUAAAAGUAAACUGAAUAUUGUUGAAGCUGAUUACCAACCAGGAAAAAGGACAAAAAGAGAUGACAUUAGAUGAAAACUUAUUUUAAUAAAUCUAGUUUGUCAUCGUAAUGAUAAACUUUUUCAAAAUUACAGCUUGAAAAAACAGGGAAACUUUUCCACUGGAUCCAAACUCAUUAUUUUGAGAGAUAAUUUUAUCAACUUCAGUAUUUUGUGAUGCAAACCGUCACCUGACGUUUUACCGUAUUUAUUUGUGUUCAAAACAAGCAACAUAAGUUCUGAUACAAGGAGGAAAUAUUCUGACACCUUUUUUGCUUAUUAUAAAUAUAUAAAACAUAUGAUUUCUGUUUCCCUCUUCGACAGAACUAAGAAUCAAAAUCAAACAUUUUCACUGUUCCAGUUCUGUUAAAUUUGCAGCAUAAAAUGACAAAGAAUCUUUUUACUCUCUUUAUAUUUCUGUCUGGGUGUCAGCAGAUUCUGCCCUCUGGUGGUCAGUCUGAGAACUCCAACAUGUCACCUUCAGUUAAACAGAAAGAGUCUUAAAACAGAAUUAAUAAUCAUAUCUUGUGUAUUUCUGAAUGCUCUGGCCUGUCAGUGACUCAGCAUUUCUCUACACAAAACUUUUUCAUGUGUAAUUGUCACAUUGGCAGAAAUACGUUUCUAUAGAUUAUCUGGGUUUUUAACUUUUGGUCAAAAUAAUCACGGAUGAAAACUCCUCCUCCUCUUCUUCCUCUUCAUCCUCCAUCACCUCCUCUUCCUCCUCCAUCACCACCUCCUAUUCCUUCCCCUCGUCCUUCACCUCGUCUUCCUCCAUCACCUCCUCCUCUUCCCUUUCCUGCAUCACCUCCUCCUCCAUCCCCUCCUCUUCCUCUUUCACCUCAUCCUUUCCCUCAUCUUCCUCCUCCUCUUCCUCCAUAACCUCCUCUUCCUCCACAUCAUCCUCCUCCUCACAGCUUUUUUACUUUUGCUCGAAAUAAUCACCGAUGAAAACUGAAGGACUGAAAGUUUCUUUGAUAUUUAAAUAAAUAUAUUUAAACAUAGUUUUUUUAUUAAAGCUUUAACAGCUCAAACGAUCAUUUCACAAUUUUUUUUUCAUUUAUUUUUUUUUUUUUACAAGAGAAAUGAAAAGUGAAAUGCUGACAGUAAGAAUAAAACAAAGGAACAGUAGAAAGACUAAAAAGUUUAAUAUUUAUAAUUCUGAGCUGUGUGAUAAAUCUCUCUGAGACGUGAAGCUCCGACGGUUCAGACGGCUGAAGCUCCGAGCUGUUUGUUUCUGAAUCUGAAUCUUUGAAGCUUGGAGCUGUUUGUUUCUGAAUCUGAAUCUUUGAGUCGUCGUGUUUCUGAUGCAGGUUUUGCUGAUGCUGCACUUUACUUUGUGACGUGCCUCUGAUCAUCUUUAUGUUCAUAUCUGUUUUUAUAGAGCGACGGCUUCCUGUUGUGCAUUUGCAGUUGCUUUCUUUUAUCUUAUUAAGAAAAUAAUUUUGAAUAAUAUCUAUGAUUAUAAUAAUAAUAAUAAUAAUAAAGAGAAAUGUAUGGAAUUUGAAA